UGACAGUGACGAUUAGAAGACCACUGCUCACACGAUAAGAUGGAAAUGUCGCUGAAGCAGUUGAUUCUGAUGCUACUUACAGUGACAGCAACCGCCAUGAUGAUACCAGGUCAAACUGCUAUAUGUCUGGAUAACCAACAGAAAACAAAGGAAGUUCCAUCUGGGUCCAACCUGAUUUUAAAUUGCUGUUUGAACACUGAGCAAUAUGAGAGAUAUCGAAUUACCUGGUAUUUUAACCACCAUGGGCCUUCGAUGACCAACUCAAGCAAACUAAUAAGCAAGAUCACUAACAAAUCUCAAAAUUCUUCCAAGGAAGAGCAUCAAGACAACAGGACACAUACUUUGUCUAAUGUUAAUGGAAACCACAGUGGAUGGUACUUUUGCAAAGUCACAAUAGAGAUUCCCAAUUUAACAGAAAACUGCAGCAGUGGAACAGAAGUAAAUGUUUACCCUUCUGCCCUGAGCGACAACUGGUGGAUAUGGGUGGUGUUGGGGGCGUCCUCUUUCAUCCUCUUCAUCCUGACGGUCACAUGUGUCCUGCUCUCAAGAAGACAAGAAAAUAGAGAAGAGCCCAUCUAUGCAAACACCCCCAACAAACAGCCUUCACCUCGGCCGUCCAUGAGCGCAGCAGCGGUCAGCCUGAAGGCAGCUUCUUCCUUUCAAGACCUGCGGGCCCCGAGUCCCGCCAGCAGAUACGACGAAGGCAAACGGAGAUAUAGACACUGAACAAGUCACGGACCUCACAAACUAAUGCCACCAAAAGUCCUCAAAGCUAAUUUCACCGGGACACUGAAAGAAACUUUCCCCUUUCAUUAUUGUCGGAUCUACAUUUUGUUCAUCUGGACUUCUGGUUUAGGGUUUUUUCAUUCAAACUGUACGUUUUUUAAAAUGUAUUCAUGCGCAGGUGUAGUAGCUUUUAUGAGCCACUAGAUGGCAGAUGAUGAAUGCGGUGUGAAUGUGUAAAUUCACGGUUUGGUUCCCUUAAUUUUUGUAUUGUAUUACUUGAUAUUGAAUAUGAUGAAUACUGA